AUGAUGGGGUUUGAAUGGGGGUUUAAGCCCAGCAGUAAGGCAUCUCAGAGCACAGCAAGCUCACAGAGCACAGGCAACGUAGCGGUGGCAAAUUCUGGAGUGAAACAAAAAAGACGGUAUAACAACGAGGAACAGCAGGAGAUGGACCCUUCCCGCAACAAGAAUUUGAUGAAGUAUGGUGGUGUCUCUAAGAGGAGGUCUCACCCGAGCUCGCUGAUCAGAGGCCAGCCCUUGCCCUUGCAACGAGGCAUGGAAUUAAUGAACAAGGACCAAUUACAGCAGUUGUUGGUGGACUUGAUGACAAAGCAUCCGGAAAUACAGCAAAGUGUGCAUACGAGGGUUACUGGACUGGACUUCAGUAUACAAAAGUGCCUUGACGUUUUGAAACAGAAGUCCGAAGCCGUUUACCAAAGCAUACCUUACAAUAGGUCUUACGAGAGUAAUAAGUUGGAUGACUAUGCAUUUGUGAGGAUGAAACCUCAAAUUUUAGAAUUUCUGAAUUGCCUAGUAGAUUUCAUACUUGAUAAUAUCCCACCACGCCUGGAAAAUUUGCAUACAUCCUUGAAAUUUUUGGACAUUUGCACGGAAUUAGUUGUCAAAUCGCCCAGGUUUGAAUUAGCCAGUAACAAUUACUUCUACGAUAAAUGUGUUGAACAACUAUCCCAUGUGUGGUGUACUCUCAUUGAACAUAUUGCCCGAGACAGGAUAAUCUUGUUGGCAGAUAAUAGUUCUGUAUGGAAGACUCAUAUGACAAGACUACAAAUAUACAAUGAACAAUCAAACGGAUUGUUGGAACGCCCUCUUCAACUGUUCAAAUCGUUGGACAUGAGCGCUUCUUCAGCAGCAGCAGCAGCAGCAUCAUCAACAUCAUCAUCCUCAUCAUCGCCAUUCCAAGAAACGAUCAUUUACCACCACGAUACCAUGACAACAAAUGAAAAUAAUAACAAUAGUGGUAGCGCUAACGACUCAGCCUUCAACUAA